AUGCAACUCGUUGGGAAAUCACUUGCCGAUCUUAAAGCUUUACGACCGCAUAAGGUAUUCUCAAUGCACACUGGUUUGGGCGCAUCGAUACAAUGUCUGGAAGCAGUGGAGGAUCUACACAAGCAUGGUUUUAUUCAUCGAGAUUUAAAACCAGCCAAUUAUGCAACCGGUCUUGGAGCUCAAAUACGAUGCAUCUAUAUUCUUGAUUUCGGAAUAGCACGACGAAUUCUUAAUGACAAAGGUGAAAUCAAGACACCUCGUGUAACAGUUGGUUUCAAGGGUACUGUAAAAUUUGCUCCUAUAGCAUGCCAUAAACGAAAAGAACUAGGUCCAAAAGAUGAUUGUGAAUCAUGGUUCUAUCUUCUUCUCGAUCUUCUUGUCGUAACAGGCUUACCAUGGAGGAAAAUAUCGGAUAAGAAUGAAGUAUUGAGGGUAAAGGAAGAAAGUCGCAUAAAUCGAGAUAAACUGUUGUACGGAAUGAAAUGCAAGGAAGAAUUUGGCAAAAUUUUAGAGUACAUUGAUUCGUUACAUUAUGAAGAUCGUGUCGAUUAUUCGUACAUCUAUGAACUAUUAAAAACAUCAUCAGUGAUCUGUGAUUGCAAAUUGACCGAUCCAUAUGACUGGGAGGAUACAGCACGAAAGAAAUGA